AUGUACCUCACAACAGCUUUGUUAAAGAAGAUAUACUCAAAUCUUAAUGUUGAACCAGAUGAAAGAAUUUAUCCAACACCACGUGAAGAUGGCAUUGAUACACUCUGGCAGAUCGGCCCUAUUGAGUUAUAUGAAGCCUUCUUCUACCGUGCAGGCAACAGACUUGUCAACAUGAUCCAAGAAGAUAUUAACAAGCAGUCAAAGCAAGUUACAUAUCUCGGUAUCAUCUUCAUCAUCAUUCCAUUGAUUUUCACAAUCAUUGCUUUAUACAUCAACAGGACAGAAGAUGACAUGCUCAGAUUCACACUCCAUCUCUUGCUUUUCUGCCCACCAAAGAUCAUUGUCUCUAACAAGAAGAUCAUGGACAUGCUCGCUGGUGACUAUUCAAACAAAGAUGGCGACCAGUCUGCAAAGCACCUCGCAUACUCAAAUGAUGUCAUGAACAAACUUAACAAUUGCAUCAUUGUUAUUCAGGAUGAUGACUCACACAAAGUUGUCCAAGUCAACACAGCUCUUGAAGAAACAUUCGGUGUUAGAGCAGAUGAUUUAGUUGGAAAGACUGUCAUGGAAUUCUUCAAUCCAGAAAGAUUCGAAGUCCGCGGAAAACUUGAGAGUGUUGUCACACAAAUCACAGACACAAAGUUCGAGAAGGAUGGAAACACCGUUUUCAUGGAAUGGACACCAGUCAUUGUUUCAGGCACAAAGAUUCUCUCUGGCCGUGACAAGACACAGAACAUCCUUCACGAAAUGCUUAUUGAUGAAGAAAAGAAGAAGUCUGAUACAAUGCUCGCAUCUAUCCUUCCUGCAUCAUUAGUUCCUCGUGUACAGGCUGGUGAAAAGAACAUUUCCUUCUCUGUUCAAUCAGUUACAGUUCUCUUCUUCGAUGUCGUCGAAUUCACUCCAUGGUGUGGUUCUCAUGAUGCUCAGUAUGUCAUGAGAAUGUUGAACAUUGUAUUCAAGGAAAUGGAUGCAAUCACAAACGCUCACAAGAUAAUGACAAAGAUCAAAUGCAUCGGUGACUGUUACAUGGCUGCUGGUGGCAUUUUCGAUGAAGUAAAUCAGCCACAAGUCCAUGCAAGAGAAGUUGUCGACUUCGGUUGCCUUGCUAUCAACAAGUUACUCGAAAUCGACCAGCGCGAGAAUGAAAACUUGAGAAUCCGUGUCGGUAUUAACACUGGUGGUCCAAUCGUCGCUGGUGUUAUUGGUACAGAGAAACCAACAUUCGAAAUCCUUGGCCCUGCUAUCAACAUCGCACACGAAAUGGAACACCACGGUGUACCAAUGCAGGUCCACAUAUCUAGACCAGUUUACGAAUUCAUUUAUGGUGCACAAUUCCAGAUCAAGGAACGUGGAGAGAUCGAAGUUAAAGGUGGAAAGAUGUUCACAUACCUUGUUGAUCCAAACUCGGUCCUCAAUAUGACUCAACAGUAG